AUGGAAUUCAGAAAAGCACUAUUUGUUCUGCUACUACUAUGCGCAACAAUUCUUGGCGAAAAUCGAACAAUGGAAAAUGAUUCCAAUUCGGAAAAGAGAACAAAAGGUAUAUGAACUACAAGACGUAAAUUUAAAUGGUUACAUAUAUUAAUAAAUAGUUCUAGAAUCAUCAUCGGACCAACAAGAUAAGCUAGAAGUUGGUAUGUAAAUUAAUUAUUAUUUUACAAACAGUUAUAAGUAAAUAUAAAUUUUGCGAUGUUGUAGAUUCUUGAAGCUCAAUCAAUAACAAUGUCUUGCAUAACAGAAAAAAGAUAAUUAACAACUAUUUGAGCUUAUCAAUAUUGUCGUAUGGGUACUAAGCAGCUAUUAUAGGUUUAAUUUUUGAAGCUUUCAAAUCAUUAUGAAUAAUGUCUCGAUUCUUCUGCAUAAAAGUGUUUUAUUAUUUUCUAUUUAAAUUAAUAAGGAUUAUUAUACUUGAUUGUAAGAAAGUGUUAGAAAUUAUAAUAAUUUCAGGGAAAUUGCAGGACUUAAUUCUAACAAUAAUUAUUGCUUCAGCGAGCACGAUGUUUAUGGCUGUGACAAACUAGUGCUAGUAAUAAUAAAGGCCAACCUGCCUGAACCAGCAAAAUAUCAAACAAACUUAUAUACACAGAGAUUUUAAUUAAAUCAUCAAACAGAAAUCAUUCGAUCCGUUUUCUUUUGAUCAUGACCUGGCCUAGACCCAUGGCGGAUCUAGAACUAGACCUAGUCAGACCGAUUGCGCGAGUAUAUGAUGUAAACAUUGUGCGGAUACUGUAAUUAAAUCAAAUUCAAAUUGUGGUUUAGUUAGCAAGUUUCAUACAGCGGAAAGGCUUUAAUAACGUCUCGGAAUAGCGAUCUUCCGCGUAAGUCGAUCUGCAGUUAGAUAUCAGCCAUGUGAUUGACCUUUUUGAUCGCUCUGCUGGAUUUCUGAUCGAUUUGGCUCGUUUUCAAGUUUUUUUUUUUUCUAAUUGGCAAAAUAUCUAAAUUCGCUUUGGCAAAUAUCUAAAUUCUCUUUUUUUGUCCACCUAGUAUAAUACUAGCUGUUUUAGGAAUAUUUCAUUAAAGCAUAAAACAACGGCAACAUGUUUUAUCGAUCAUGAACAAUUCGCAGCUUGAGGAAUGCAUCCGCCCUUUCAGAGGCCGCGGAAGCACCUCAAAAGUGGGCUGGAGGGCACAGACAAGAAAGGGCGAUUGAGCCAGCAAAUAUUGUAAAUAUGUUAGAUGUGUCCUUAGAAGGUCCAUGCAGAGAUUUGGAGGCAUCCAAUAUACAGCCUCGGAUGUUGCAUGUAUUCUCUAAUAGCUCUGCGUCCGAAACUGAACAUGAACACAUUAAUCACAAAUUUAUUUAAAUUUUUUUAUUAAUUAAUGCAAUUUCAUUGAAAAUUUCCAAAAACUAACUCUAUGAUGUUUUUGGUAACAAAGAAAUUUUUAUACCAAGAUUUACUCUGCGAGAUAAACAUAUUCUUACUAUUAAUUCUAUUUUAUUAGCAUAUUUUUGUGGUCGUUUAGAUAUACUGUAAUUGGUUAAUUAUGUUUCCGUAAUCCGCUUUAUUAUGUUUAGAGUUUUAAAUCGAUGUUGUAUUCGUUCAUAUUAUCAUUAUAUAUAAAGAUUUUAUUGAUUUUAUUAAUAAUGUUUUGAUUCGACAGAACCGAUAAUAUGAAGAAAAUUUUAUACUGCAUGAUCUGGUGUGAAGCUGUGUUUUUGUAACUUGGCAAAGUUCUUUGUCACUUAUAUUGGAAUUUCCUCUCAUGCACUCUAUAUAGACAUAGCAUUUUAAGCGAUCAUAUCGCGAUUUUCAAAUGCCUUUUUAAAUCUAAGAAUGAUGCUCCGUUAAUUAGCCGGUCUAUUCAUUGUUGGCAUCAAUAUUUUAAUUAAAACCAUUGAUUUGUCAUUUUCAACAAUGCAGUAACAGUGCAGUAACAGUAAAGAGGUCUAAAAGGUUGUUAUGAAUUUGUUAGAACAUUUCCUAAGAAUAUUAUAAAUUAUACACAUAUUAUAUAUUAUAAUUCUACUCUUUUCUUCCAGCGUCCGAAAACUGAAUGCCUUAAAAUAUGUACAAAAUCUCUGUAAAUAUUAAAUAUUAACAUUUCUAAUGUCAGCCAGAUUAGCAAUUAAAAAUAAUCCAUAACCAUAGGCCUACUUAUGUAAUACACUGGAAAAUGCAUAGAUGUAGCAACCCUUGCCUUGCUGUCAAAACAAUUAUAUUUUUCGAACUUGGAGUAUUUAAAGUAGUUGUCAUGGUUGCACGAUAAUUUUAUUAAAAUUAAGAACAUUUUCACAAUUGAAAAUUCGCCUAAAAAUAUCACUUUUAAUUACAAAAUUGUCAAUUUCCUAAACAUAUAAAUGAAGAUAUGUUAUUAUACGUGAUAUAAGCUUCCCAAAACGUUUUAAAAUGUUCUUGAUAAAACUAAACUAAAUUUAACCUUUAUCGAUAAUCUUUGAGUUUGAUAUAAAAUGAUUUAAAACUCUCGCAUGCGAAUAGCUUUGCUUUCUUUUUUAUUUGACAAUUGUAAUAUAAUAGAAAAGGGUAAUUAAUAAAGAUACGUUGAAAUUAUAUGCUGUCCUUUUCAUUAUAUAUGCAACGAUCAGCUUUUGAAGCAAUUAUAAAGUAAACAUUUUACAAUGCAUCAAUAUUUAAAACAAACUUACCUUCAUUGACGUGCGCGCCUUCGCUGAGUUUAUUGCCCUCUUUUAACAAUUCUUUCGCCUUUUUUUUCAAAAAGCUUUUGUCAUUUACAAAAUCUUGCAAAAAUGAACUUUAUUUGCAAGAAAUCAAGAAAUUCUCGCUAUUUCGCUGUCGUCGUGCAGUUCUUAAAAUGCAAAUUUUAAAUUGGGCCAAUCAGUGUUCGCUAUUCAUCAUGACAGUCCGCUAAAUUUUGGGAUCAGUGAGGAUAAGUACCCACGCACAGUAACCCCCGCCCGUGAUCAAUGAUGAACUUUAUACUUCGCUAAUGCUUUCCUUUCGCUGCAUGUAAAUAGAUGGGCGGAAUUAGCACCCUCGCCCCAGGCUUAUGCGCUGAACGGCCCUCCGCGCCAUUUGGUCGGGAAAUAGAGUUUUGUAUAUAUAUCCAUGUGUUCAUGUAAAGAACGACGGCCGAUCGACGCGGCGUCCCUACAUAGUGUUAUACUUUCGCCCUGUGUAUUUCGCACUUUAACUAUACGUUAAAGUCGGUCAAUAGCGGACGGCGGCAUCUCCUUUGAUAAAACGGUGCGUGGGUAACACCGCGAGUCACGCCUGAGUUACACUCGGUGCGGCAUCCUUGUAUGGUGGGUUAUCUCCAUCUAUACGAGGUUGAGAGGGGGAAUUAUCUACCAAUAUUUCGGAGGCAACGAACGUGUCCUAUAAAAAAUAGUAUAAAACAGUAACUAUAACUAGCUGCAUUGCCUUGCUAAUCAUGAUAUUUUUUAUUUUCAGGUUCAGCCUCUUGUCAAGCCACAGGUGACCCCCAUUACCGUACUUUUGACGAAAAAAGAUACAACUUUAUGGGAAUGUGUGAAUAUGUGCUGUCGAAAGACUUGGAGAACAGUUUCCAGGUGCUCGCAAAGAACGAACGCUGCAACCGACGUUAUAACUGUGUUGCCUCUGUGACUGUGUUAGUAAAGGGGCUGAAGCUGAAAAUAUCCAGAGGUGGUCGUUUUACAGUUUUUGGAUUUCCAAAGAAGCUACCCUACAUCAAACAAGGUAAGAAUGAUCCACAUAGUGAUACUAUAACGACAAGUGUUGCUAUUGCGCAGUGUAAUGAACUGGUGUAG